UCUUCUUCAGCUGAAAAUGUGUGUGUAAAAUGCAAGCUGACAUUGGCGGAGGCCUUUGGACCGUGUGGCCCUGUCCUCUAAAACUGGACCAUGAAGGUGCUGGAGGAAAACUACUUGUGGGUGCUGCUUGCACUGCUCCGUGUGGUGGCCAGCGCUGCGGAACAUGAGCAGGUGGCGAAGCACGCCAUCAAGUUACACCGAGGCCGCGGAGCCGCCGGCGCGCAGAGGAAGCAGUGGGUCCUGGACGGUUGCCGGAAGCUCUCCGGGCUUCUUCGCCAAAAGACUGUGGUUCUUAACAAACUGAAAAGUGCGAUCAGAGCGGUGGAGAAAGACAGCAGCCUCUCCGAUGAAGAGAAGCUAUUUCAGGUGCACACGUUCGAAAUUUUCCAAAAAGAGCUGAACGAAAGCGAAAACUCAGUGUUCCAGGCGAUCCACGGCCUCCAGAGAGCCCUGCAGGGGGACUACAGGGACGUCGUGAACAUGAAGGAGAGCAGCAGGCAGCGCCUGGAGGCCCUGCGAGAGGCUGCGAUCAAGGAGGAGACAGAAUAUGUGGAACUUCUGGCAGCGGAAAAACAUCAGGUCGAAGCUCUCAAAAGCAUGCAGCACCAGAACAGAAGCUUAUCCAUACUCGACGAAAUUCUUGAGGAUGUGAGAAAGGCAGCCGAUCGCCUCGAGGAGGAAAUAGAAGAACACGCUUUCGAUGACAACAAGUCCGUGAAAGGGGUCAAUUUUGAGGCAGUCCUUAGAGUAGAGGAAGAAGAGGCCAAUUCCAAGCAGAACCUCACAAAGCGGGACGUGGAGGAUGAUUUGGGUCUCAGCAUGCUGAUCGACUCCCAGAACAACCGGUACAUCCUGACCAAACCCAGAGACGCCACCAUUCCACGCGCAGAUCACCACUUUCUAAAGGACAUCGUUACCAUAGGAAUGCUGUCUCUACCUUGUGGCUGGCUGUGCACAGCAAUAGGACUGCCUACGAUGUUCGGUUAUAUUAUCUGUGGCGUACUUCUGGGGCCUUCGGGACUGAACAGUAUUAAGUCUGUUGUGCAGGUGGAGACCUUGGGAGAGGUCGGUGUGUUCUUCACUCUUUUCCUCGUUGGCCUGGAGUUCUCCCCGGAAAGGCUGAGAAAGGUGUGGAAGAUAGCCUUCCAGGGACCGUGUUACAUGACGCUGCUGAUGAUUGCGUUCGGCCUGUUAUGGGGACACCUGCUGCAGAUCAGACCCACCCAGAGCAUCUUCAUCUCCACUUGCUUGUCCUUGUCCAGCACACCGCUGGUGUCCAGAUUCCUCGUGGGCAGCGGCCGGGGCGAGAAAGAAGGUGACGUCGACUACGGCGCGGUGCUGCUCGGGAUGCUCGUGGUGCAGGACGUGCAGCUGGGGCUGCUCAUCGCCGGCAUGCCCACCCUCAUCCAGGCCGGAGCCGGCUCCCACUCCAGCGUUGUCAUGGAGACUCUGCGGAUCCUGGCUUUGGUCGGUCAGAGCCUCUUCUCGCUGGCUGCCGCCUUUCUUCUGUGUCUUGUUGUAAAGACUUACCUCAUUGGACCAUAUUAUCGGAAACUGCAUGUGGAAGGCAAAGGGAACAAAGAAAUCCUUAUCUUAGGAAUCUCUGCUUUCAUCUUUUUAAUGUUAAUGGUCACGGAGCUGCUGGACGUCUCCAUGGAGCUGGGCUGCUUCCUGGCCGGCGCGCUCAUCUCUUCCCAAGGCCACAUGGUCACCGAGGAGGUCGUGGCUUCCAUUGAGCCCAUCCGUGACUUCCUGGUUAUCAUCUUCUUCGCGUCCAUAGGCCUGCACGUGUUCCCCACCUUCGUGGUGUACGAGCUCACCGUCCUGAUGGUCCUCACGCUGUCGGUGGUGAUCGUGAAGUUUGCCCUGGCAGCUCUGGUCUUGUCUCUCCUCCUGCCGAAGAGCAGUCAGUACGUCAAGUGGAUCGUGGCCGCGGGGCUGGCGCAGGUCAGCGAGCUCUCCUUCGUGCUGGGGAGCAGAGCGCGCAGAGCGGGCAUCAUUUCUCGGGAGGUGUACCUUCUCGUCCUGAGCGUGACCACACUCAGCCUCUUGCUGGCCCCGGUGCUGUGGCGAGCCGCCAUCACCAGGUGUGUGCCUCGGCCGGAGAGACGGUCGAGUCUGUGACGGGAGCGACGGGGACGCGCGGCUUCGGAAGGGAGUCCUGUGUGCGGCCACCCAUCCCUGGGGAGCCCUUCGCCUCGGGGACCGAGCACUCCGUGGAGGGGGCUCCCCGUCCGCCGGGCGGGCCGGCCUCCCGCCUUGGUUUCGGGCCGUCCAGA